AUGCGAUUUCCUCCGCCAGAGGUGAUUGCCUCAUGGCCAAAGCCCAACUAUAAGGAUCCGGAGAACCGAGGACCGGCACUUUUGAUUGUGGAAUUGGUCGCGCUGCCGCUCGCAAUCAUUUGCGUGGCUCUGCGAUUAUAUGUUCGAAUUCACUUGAUCAAGAGAAGCGGCUGGGAUGACUGGUUAAUGGUGGCGGCUGUGUUCUUUUGCUGCGGCGUAACGGUUUCUGUCAUUCUCGCUACGCAAUUAUAUGGCUGGAAUAUCCAUGUCUGGGACUUGACAUUUCGGGAGAUGAUCCAGGGUCGCAAGGUCUCAAUAGCAGGGCAAACAAUCUUUGUUUUCGCGUCGGGUCUGGCAAAGCUCUCAAUCUUGACGAGCUACUUGCGCAUUGCGGUGCCCGGAUCCUGGUUCAGGCGUUUGACUUGGGCUACUAUUGGGAUAGUAGCCGCUGCGAUACCUGCAUUCCUACUGCUACUAUGGCUGCAAUGCAUACCCGCCGCUUCGUAUUGGAACCUGUUUUCAGUUGAACGAGACUGUAUUCCCGAGGCGCCACCGUUGAUGGGCCAAACAAUCGUCACAGUCAUUACCGAUUUCAUCGUCUACAUCCUGCCGAUGCCGACGCUGUGGGCGCUUAAACUGCCUCUGUUCCAACGGAUAGGUUUAAUGACGGUCUUUGGUUUUGGUUGUGUUGUCGUGGUUGCCGGCUGCAUGCGGUCUUACUGGAUCUACCACGUCGAGGUGCAAACAUACGAUGUCACUUGGGAAGGUUUCUACCUCUGGAUCUGGGCUGCCGUCGAGGUGAACCUGGGCGUAAUCUGCGGCUGCGCCCCCGUGCUCAAGCCUCUUCUGUUUGGUGUGGCGCAGGGCAAGGGUUCGCAGUACGCCUCCAACGCCGAGAACACCAGUUUUGGCUUUUCCAAGCUGUCCAAGAUUUCAAAGGCCAAGAUGGGCAUGACCUCAACGAGGAGGGACGACGAUAAUAAUGGUUAUAUCACGCUCGAGAGUCUCGAGGCUGGAAAGGGCGAUUUCGAUUCAAGUGUUUCCGUGUCCAGACCACCAAAAGCAGCCGUACCAGGUAUCGUGGUCAGCGAUGAAUCCCAUUGGGCUACCAAGGGAGGGUAUAAGGAUUCAUUCUAG